AGGAAUAGUGAAGAUAAGUGGGAUGCAGCUCUUAGUACGUGGGAAAACAACACCAUUACCGUUUGGAACAAUGCGGCCAUCAAUCACUUUAGUUUCUACUACUUCGCCAACAACGAGCCCAAGUGAGCGCAUUACAGCUUCUACUGGCAUGACUGGUUUCGUGGGCACCGCAUUCUCCUCUUCAUCGCCACCGUCGACGACCAGUCCAUCAUCUUCGUCUUCCAUGUCGACAAUGACCAGGAGCUUGACGACCCGUCCUAGCACAUCUUCGAUUGAUAUCCAUUCUAGUAGCUCGCCAAUCAUUACCACUGAGUCAUCAACGGCACAAGAUCGUUCGUCAGGUAUGAAAAAAUCAGUGAUUACCGUUCUUGUGGUACUUCUUAUCGUGCUGCUUAUCGCUUUGAUAGUAGGAGUCUUCUGGUACAAAAGAAGAGGAAAAUUGGCAACAUCUAAACGGAAUCAACAAUCCAGAAGCCCAAAUGGUAUCGUGCAGAAUCCUACCUUUCAGAAUGACGAUAGCGAACAUGAGUACGCAGAGUAUCCGGAAAAGCCUUCUACCAAGGGUACCACCCGCAUCAGUUCUUCUGAAGAUGCUCAGCAACACAUCUACUCAGACCUACCUGCCUCUGCCUCUAAGGAUAACAAUGGUGUCAUCUACAACGAGGUUGGAGAACAGGACUACAAUGUACCCUUCGGUGGCAAGGAGAUGGGCGACUAUCAUGAAUACAAUCUUCCAGACAGUGAUCAUGGCAGGUCGAAUGCCAAGGACCCUACUAACGAAGACUCUUAUCAGGAACUAUCAGAAGAUGGAAAGAGAUGUUCUCCGAAAGGAACCCAGGGUACCACCCGCAUCAGUUCUUCUGAAGAUGCUCAGCAACACAUCUACACAGAUCUACCUGCCUCUGCCUCUAAGGAUAGCAAUGAUGUCAUCUACAACGAGGUAGGCGAACAGGACUACAAUGUUCCCUUCGGUGGCAAGGAGAUGGGCGACUAUCAUGAAUACAAUCUUCCAGACAGUGAUCAUGGCAGGUCGAAUGCCAAGAAAUCUCCUAACGAAGACUCUUAUCAGGAACUAUCCGAAGAUGGAAAGAGAUGUUCUCCGAAAGGAAUCGAGAGACAUGCAUUACCAGGGAUGACAGAGAAAGCAAUUGAAAGUCAGCCGAAAGUUGGUGUUCCAAGUAGAACAGGUGGCCACGCAUAUCAAGAUUUACGAAAGGACGAUGGCGGUUACACUUCCCUGGGACUCCCGCAGAAACCUGUGACUAAAGUAACUGCUGCAGAACUGGAGAAUAGCUACCAGGCUCUUCAUGCAGACGGGCCAGACUAUUUCACACUGAAACCUAAUGAAACGAAACCGUCUCCGAACCCCGACAAUCUUCAAAACAGCACCUACCAACCUCUCCGACAAGAGCCUGAAUAUGCCAUCCUCGAGUCUGAGCAAAGUGACAAUCCGGCUAAACCUGUGGACAACACUUAUCAGUCUCUGCUGAAAGAUGCCAACAACCAUGCCGACUCGGAUAUAGAACACCGUAAGGACAACACACCCAAGCAAGGCCAAAGCGAUCCAUAUGAUGUACUGCAAAGAGGUCCAAAGACAAAACAGUUGUCUUUGGAUGGUUAUGGUUCGUUGGGUCCAACAGCUAAAGAAGAGGAAGAACAUGAUUACGAAUCCCCAGAGGGUAAGCCGAAGGCAACGACUGACUAUGAGGAUCCGAUACAAGAUAAUAGCGUAGCUGACGGACCAUAUGAUUCUCUUCAGCGUAAUGCUAUGCCGGAACCUCCAAGGUCUAGUCCGUCACUGGCAAAUCGAGCAGUAGAUGAUGGAGAUGACGACGACUAUGAAACUCCCGAUAGGUCCAAUGAUGAUCCAACUGACGCUAAUUACCAGACCUUAGACAACCGACAAGAGAAAUCUGAUAGUGGCAACGAGGAAUAUUCACAUCUUCAGCGGUCUCCGGGAGCUAAACUUUCACACGAUCCAACUGGUGUCUCGGAUAAUAGCAACCAAUACGGGACACUGAGCUAUGGCAAUAGUGCUGACAAAUAAAUGUAGUACUGGUGACAGUAAUAUUCAUAUCGUAAUUCGCUGAAGGUUAAACGAAACCAAUAGUGCCCUAGCUGAGUUCCUUUAGAAACCCUAUAAGACACCUUAAAAGUUCCCAAGCCAUAUUAGAGUGAAUCCUGUUUUUAACUUUUGACGAUUUUAGGUUAUGGGGAAAUCAUGGUUAUGUAUAAUAAUAACCAUGGCAACCCUGCAAAUUCAUCUCGAUUUUACAUGGAAACAUCAUGAAAAUGAAGCUUUCGCAUUUUACGUUUCUUUAAUCACAAUGUCAUCCAUGAUUAUUUUGUUUUUAUGUAUUGCUGAAGGGAAUG